GCGGUGAUUCCUAGUAUCUCUACUAUGUUUUCGGAACUGGGAUCGUCAUUUCUCAAAUUUGCGGUUGUGCAUUAAGGAUAACAAAGAAAUACGUGAUUUAUUAUACGAAUAAAUAAAAGAAUUUAUCAAAAGAUUUGACAGUUUUGUUCAUGAGAUGCUUUUAAGGGUAGACAUUGAAUAUCGUCGAGAUAAUUCGCGGAUAUUUUGUCAUUGCAUCUGGAAUAAAAUAAUGCGAGGUAAACAAGUAGUAUAAAAAUAAAUAUGUCUCAUGGCUGCAAAAAAGCUAGACAACAGGGAAAAUGGAAAUAUAGAAAGAGUACAACAAUUGUUACAAGGUCAAACAAUCUACACUUUGAACAGAUGUGAAUUUCCUUUAAUUUUGCAAUUUCAAAAAUUGCAUAUUCAACAAGGGAAUAAAAUUAACGAUAAAGAUAUUCAUCAAAUUUUGAAACAUGCUUUAAGAUCUUUAUACGUUAAUUUGGACUUGUUACAAGAGAAAUGGCAACCAAUAGUAUUUAUUCGUGAUAUUUCUAUUAAACCACCUAUAAGAAGUUUCUUUUACUUCAAUAAUGGAUCAGAUUUCAGUGAAAGGUUUUCUUUUAAAGUACAUAAAAUAUGGUCACCAACGAGCAAUACAAUUGAACAAUAUGUGAAAGUCGAGAAACGCUAUGUCGUGAUAAAUAAAAGUCCAAUGUCAUUAGAAAUGGCUGAUUCAAUUAAUCAUCUUGAAACAAUAACUUCAGAAAAUAAUUUGGAUGUAGAUUUGGAGGAAUCUCAAUUACCAUCAUAUACUUCAACCAUUGAUGCAACGCUUUCAACUAGUAUUACACGAACCGAUCAUGAAAGCAAUGUACCAGCUAUCGAUAGCAAACACGAUGAUACCAUAACUACUUAUGGUGAUUCGCGUCGUACAAAAGAUUUACAUAAAAUAGCAUUAAUGGAUUAUGUUGUUAAUGACAGUAGUGCUACGAGCUCUUCUAUGAAUAGUCAACAUGAAUAUUCGUCUGGUUCGUCGAUAGAAAAUCCUAAUAAAAAAGUAACAUUGCACAACGACGAGAUCACCAAGUACGAAAAUGAAGUUCUCAAUGAUCCAUUUUAUGAAUCGGAUUGUGGUAGCGAAGGUGGAAAUGAGACCUCCGAAUCUGUUCCAAAGGAUAAUGACGAAUGUAAAGAGAAAGUAUUAGAAAAGUUGGAAGAUGAAGAAGUGCAUGAUAAUUGUACUCAAGUGGAAAAUUCAUGUGCGGAGAAAGUACAGCACAAAUUGACUGAUUUCACGCGUUCAUCGGCAUGCAGUAAUUCUAAUAUAAGUAAUCAUUACUUCAUAGAUGCGUCUUCAUUGAACGACGAAGUGGAAAUUUUAAAUAUUAACGUUAAAGAAGAUGUACAAACUGGUACAAAUGCAAGUAGACCUUAUAUGUCUGUUUCCGCUGAUUUUUCACAGACUUUGCAAUCGCAUGAUACUGCUACUGAUCAAUUCUAUAAAUUUACUUGUCCAUUUAAAGUAACCAACAUACAAAAAAAUGAAUGUAAUAAAAUAGCCGAAUUUGAACCGGAAAUGAAAAUAACUAAAUACUUUCAACCAGUUGUCGAUAUACCUAAGAUAACAAAAAUAAAUUCAACGUUAAUCGGCAAAGAUGACGGGAAUAAAGGUACAAACAAAGAGUCAUUAGCUGUAGAAAUAAAAGAAGCGGAUAGCGGUGAAAGUAAUCAUGCUUCACCCUGUCCAGAUAAUAGCACAAAUAUCAAUAAUUCUCAAGAUAAAAUAGAUGUAAACAGUGAUAUAAAAAAUGAUGAAAAUAAUGUACUUUUGAAUAUUACGACGAAAGAUUCGACGGAUUCUAAAGAGACUAAUAAAAAUACAACUGAAAAUGCACAGCAACCUUUGUUAAUAAGAAGAAAUACAUUUGAAUUAGAUUCGAACGAUAAACUUUCUGUAUUACGACAAGAAUACGAACGUAGACAAGGCAAUCUUGUUUUUCAAAGUGCCAUACCACAAUAUUCGGGACAUCGUGUAGAUAGUGAUAUGAUUUCUAAUCCUACUACGGAUUCAACAACGGUUGUACCUAUCAAUGACGUAUUAAAUAAUUUUACUCCUGAUAUUAAAGUAGCUACAAAUAUACAACAGUAUCAUUCGGGAUAUUUAUCUUUAGAUAGUUACGAAUCUAAAAUUGAUCCAAAUUUAUUAGAAAAUAAUUAUCUUCUGCAAAAUAGUAUUACCAAUUCGGAUACAUCGUAUUCUUCUAGUGCGGAUAAAACAACAGAUGAUAAAUUAACGUUUCAAUGUUACGAAGAUGACGAUAGUGCAUAUAAGUCUAGCAGUAGCUUACCAGUUACUGUAGGUUGUAAUAUAGAAAAUGUUAAAUUGGUAGAUGUAAUCAGAAAAACUAAAAGAAAUGAAACAGCUCCAAUUAUAUCUGGUGGGGUAAGCACAUCAGAUUUUACCAAACCAAUGGAUAGUCCUAUCGUAAAACGUAAAACGGAAUCAACGCCAAUCGUAUCUGGUGGUUCUGUUAUUAUGGAUGAUACUAAAGAUAAACAACCAUCAAGAAUGUCUUCUUCCAUGACCGCUUGGGUUGUAGAUAUGAGCGAUUGUACAAAAAGUGAAUCAGGAUCAACAACGAGAGAUAGUUCCAUGACUAACAUGUCUCAAAGUUUUUCCACUCCUGAAUGCAUUAAAAAUUCAAUAAGAUCUAGUAGUCACGAGAAACACGGUAGUUUAGGUUUUUUCGUCAAUUUAAAUAACGUAGAAUCUAAAGAAGAUGAUACACCUACUGAAGAAAAUGUUGAAUGUAAAAAAGUGGAACCACCAAAAAGUGACAAAGCUGCUUACUGCGAAUUCUAUAUCGAUAUAUCUAAUAAAAAUGAUCUUCCAAAAAAUAAAAAAGUUGUUAAAGAAGAUACGAAUCAUAAAAAUGUUGAAGAAGUCGAUAAGAAAAAUAUAUUCUCUAUGUUCAUAGAUUUAGGGGAUCCUCAAAAGACGACCGAAAGUGUUCCACCUCCUAAAACGAUGCAUAAAAGAAAUUUAUCGUCGUUCACUGACAAACGUAUAGAAGAAAAAAUAGACGAAGUUGCUACUAACGAAAAUUCUACGACCCUUCAAGAGAAUCAAGAUUCUCAUUCGAGUAAAUCAAUUAAAGAAAAACCCAAACGCGGUGUUUUCAUGUUCAUCGAAUCGGAUUCACCGAUAGUAAGAAGACGAACAUUAUCCUCAUCACGAUCGGUUUUAAAACGUCAUUCGUGGAACAUCGAUAAAACGCAAAGUGCUAAUGGUAAUGGACAAACACCUAACAAAGAAUCAAUAAUAAAAAAAGAACAUAAACGAGCUCAUAGCUUAUCAGUAGAUCAAAGGGAUUUAAAGAAGAUGCAAACUAAACAAAGUUCUUCUAGUCAUUCUCUCAGCGAUGCUGCAGGUGGUGGUGAAUCAUCAACAAAUAAUAAAAAUUCAAACUCGUUGCACGAAUUGGAAAGUAAUUCUAAUAAUAAUAUGGAUACAUCUACGGAAGAAUGUUUGGCGUAUGAUAUUAAAGAUACUCCACCAAAUUCUCAUAUAGAAAUUAUCGAUAAAGAAUUACGUGCUAGUAUUAAAUAUCAACAAUACAAGGAGUUAGGUAACGACAGUAGAGAACAGCCAUUGGAUGACGAUACAAAAAUAUACGAAGAUGAGUAUUCAGAUAUGUCUGGAUGGGGUAAGACUUGUACAGAAAGUACUAAUGGACAAACACGUAAAAGUGAAACGUUCGACAUUAGCAGUGGUAGCGGACCAUCUCCCAACAGCGAUAAUCGUGAUUAUGAAUUAUCAGAUUUACUAAGCAGAGAUGUUGAAACUACCGUUAACAUACAUCCAAUUAUUCCUUCGACAGGCAAUAAAAUACUAGAAACUCAUAAAUCAUUAAAUGAGACUAUCAAGAAGAUAGAAUGUGAGUUGGAAGGUCCAGAUUAUGUAAAACCUGAUUGGACUUAUAACAAUCAUACGUCUGUAUCUAAAGUAGAUAAGAAUAAUCAUAUUAGUCACGAUGUAAAAGAUUUACAAUUGAAUAAGAAAAAGCCUAGUUCAAAGUUCGUUAGACUCUCUGAUUUAACAGAAACAUCUGGACAUUCUCAUACCUCUGAUUACUUAAUGCCCAAGGAAAACAGGGCUGUUUAUCGUAUGAGUAGUAGUAUACCAGAAACAUCAUGGAUCGAAAGUAAAUUAGUUAUGUCGAGAACCAACGAUUCUGUUAGAACUCUCUCUCGAGUAUUUUCUUCUGUCAUGAGUACUUCCUUACCAUCCAAACAAAAGUCACCUCUUGAAGAAUUAACGAGGGACGGGGAAGCUGAAGGUAUCAUUUCUGAAAGUGAUAUUAGUAGCAUGCAAAGUAGCAUGGGACGUUCUGGUGCUGAUGGAAGUACAGAAGAAACGGAAACAUCAAGUUUGGCUGGUGGCAAACCACACAAUCGAUUGGGUGAAGAUUUGUUAAGAAUGUUUUCGGAAGAAAUUAAUACAGAUGUUACGAUUGAUGUAUCUGGAGAACGAAUUAGAGCACAUAAAUGUAUAUUAAGUUCUCGUUGUCAAUACUUUGCUGCAAUACUCAGCGGUGGAUGGAUUGAAAGUGCAGGAAAUGUGAUUUCCUUACAAGGAUAUUCUUACAACGCGGUAAAUUUUGCGCUUCGUCAUAUAUACAGUGGGGAAAGUAAUAUACCAGAUUCCAUAAGCAUCGUUGAAUUAGCUACAUUGGCUGAUAUGCUUUGUUUAGAAGGUCUUAAAGAAGUUAUUGGAUAUACUAUUAAAGUCAAGUAUUGUCAUUCUUUUCAUAAACCUUGUCAAGUGUGUGCUGUUGGUGUUUUGGAAUGUAUGCCAUUGGCAGCAGCUUAUGGUUUGGAUGAAAUAUAUCGUAAAUCAUUAAGAUGGGUAACAAGACAUUUUGUACGAAUAUGGCCAUGCAAAGCAUUUGCAACCCUUCCGAGAGAAUUAAUGGAAAAAUGUUAUUUACAACAUAUAGUACAUAUGUCUACAGAUAAUGUACUUCAAACUAUGAUGGAUUGUGAUAAGCUAUUAGCAACUUUGCCAAAUGUACGCUGGGCGGAACCAGUUUACAGAAUGGUUUCAAAUUUAUUAGAAACAACGUUGAAAUUUUUAUCCGACAAUUUUGCUGCAAUAUUGAACAAUGAAAAUUUCCAAUCGCUUGGUCGCGAUUUAACGUGGAACAUAAGCCGUUUGGAGGAUAACUUUUUAUCAGCAGCAGAACGUUUACCACCUGAACAAGCGUGUAAAAGUUAUUCAAGGUUGCAUAAAAUGUUAUUGCCAUUGCAAACGGAUAAUUUUCAGACCAAGCUGAAAUGGGGUCCUUUGUUUAUUGAAUUUUUAAAGAAAAUUCAAGCACGCGUUGAAAAAUGUUUGGUCAGGGAAGCAGCUAGAGCUGCUAGAUCAACGACGUGGUUAAAAAUGGAUUUGGAACUUCGUCGUAGGAUUCAAGAAUUGGCGUGUCUUGUUAUUUUACCACACGAAACGUCGAAAUGUCAAUCGAGGCAUUCGAACUUUUUGAAGGUAAAGGACUCAAAGACAUCGUCCGGUUGUUCGGUGAGUCGAAAUUUAGAUUUGAAACGGGUGAAAAUGGCUAUAUCCGAACACAACGAUAAAACUAUGAAACAAAUGCCAUCGAUACAACAAACGCGUAAAGUUUUAAACAAACCAAAAAGCGAUCCCGUUGAAAGGAAAUUACAAGAGGAUAAUAAACCGAGUACGAGUGAUGCUCCAAGUCGACCUAAAUCAUGGCCCAAUAAAAUAGAAGUAAAGUCUAGAUAUUUAGAACCGAGAACCAAAUUUGUACCAAAAGAGAAUGCUACAGUGAAUCAAGAUAAAGUUAUAAUACAAAGACGAAAAAUUACGAUCUCUUCCUCAGAUUCAUCACGUACGUCUAGUCCAGCGACAAAACGAGUGACCGAGAAAAAGCCAAUAGCGAGAGUAAAACUACCCGUAAAGAAAGACGUAAAAGCAUUAUCGUCUGAUAGUUUGACCGAAUCUAACAUAACCAGACCGAACAAGAAGAAAAAUGUGAUAAGUAAAAGUUGCGGUAUAACUCGUCCAGAAUCGCCAUCGUUUAAACAAAAAAGUACGGAGAUCGGAUUGUCCGUAGAUUCAUUAGCAGAAUCUAAAAACAAACCAACGAUCGCAAAGAAAAAUGUUAACAAAAUGGAUACAUCAAUGUCUACCGAUAGUCUUAUGACAGAAAUAACGUCUAAUCCUAAAUCUAAUACGUUACAAAAAUUAUCACCAACAUUAGGAAAGAAUAUAAAUAAAACACAAAUUUAUGAUAGAACGAAGAAGAAUAUGUCACCGAUGCAACAGAAAAAUCCAGUACCGAUAACGCGUAGGCCACCAAGAUCAUUGGAGAAUUCAACAGCUGCUAGUAGAAGUAGGGCAGCAGCUAUAAACGCUUAUCACGGUUCCCCAAAUUUACGUAGGAAUCUUUUGGAUGCUGCCAAGACACCAGAUAUAUCAAGUAAGUCGAUAAACAAUGUUCCCAGUCGGAUAAUGAAUAUGCGACAAACCGUACAAUCGACUGCUAUGGUUAAUUCGAUCGUUAAAAGAGAAAAGAAAGAUAACAGCGCUAAUCAACAACAAGGAUCGGAUAAUUCGAGUAGAAAAUCAUCCCCUAAAUCUGGCACUAAUAGACCGAACAAACCGAUCCUUGUUAAUAAAAAAUUAUCUUCCAAAAUCAACGAUGAUAAGAUCAAAACUAAGUGCCAUACCGAAGAGACUCCUAAACAAUUAACGGUGGGUUCUAGAUCGGGCACGUUUCUUAAAGAUGAGCCUACUAUACUUAAAAAAACGGACAUUAAGUCAUCUCAGAUAAGUACUUAAAUGUGCAUAUGAAAUAUAAUCUUUUUUUCCAAGAUACAUUACUAUAUUAUUAUAAUAAUAAUAUAAUAAUAUU